AUGUUAAAUAAAUAUUUAUUUGUAUUGACAAUAAUUGUUGGGGUAUUUAUAUUUUUUGUUAAUUCACAAUCAACACCAACACUUCCAACUUUUCCAACAUCAUUCUCAGCAUAUGUCAAUGGCUCAGAGGAAUACUAUUUCGAUGCUGAAUAUCAGAGAGUUAGAACAGAGAACAGUAUCUAUUUCUAUGAAACCGGUCUUGUUUUCUAUAGAUACUUAGGUUUUUGUUGGAAUGAAUCAUUAGGUGGUGACUUUACACUGUGGAGCUUCCCAACUACCGAUGUCAUCUUUGAGAAAACAACAACAAUCAACGGAAUCAAUUCAGAUCUAUUCAUUGUCAAGAAAGGUAAAGAAAAAGGUGAAUAUGCAGUGAGUCACGACGAACCAAGAUUACCAGUAUUAUAUGAUACUUGGUAUAGAGGAGAAUAUCAAUUUUCAAACUUUACAGUUAGAUCCUAUGAAGAAUAUGAACCUUUCUUUGAUAUAUCACAGUUAGGAUGUUAA